CGGACGAACAAAGAGUGAACUCGUGACCACUGACGCCGGAAACCAAGAGACUCGACUGACCUAACAACCUUCGGAAGUUAGAAUGGCUCCUACAGUGCUCCUGGAGCCCGCGGGCCGCAGCUGCUGGGACGAGCCGCUGCGCAUCGCCGUGCGCGGACUCACCCCCGAGCAGCCCGUCACGCUGCGCACGGCCCUAAGCGACGAGAAAGCCGUGCUCUUCCGCGCCCACGCGCGCUACCGCGCCGACGCCGGCGGCGAGCUGGACCUGGCGCGCGCGCCCGCGCUGGGCGGCAGCUUCGCGGGGCUCGAGCCCAUGGGGCUGCUCUGGGCCCUGGAGCCCGACAGGCCUCUCUGGCGCCUGCUCAAGCGGGACGUGCAGACGCCCUUCGUGCUGGAGCUGGAGGUGCUGGACGGCCACGAGCCCGACGGCGGGCGGCUGCUGGCCCGGGCGGUGCACGAGCGCCACUUCCUGCCGCCCGGGGUGCGGCGGGUGCCCGUGCGCGCGGGCCGGGUGCGCGCCACUCUCUUCCUGCCGCCGGGCAAGGGACGGUUCCCUGGGAUCAUCGAUCUGUUUGGAAGUGGUGGUGGCCUUUGUGAAUACAGAGCUAGCCUCUUGGCUGGGCAUGGUUUCGCUGUGCUUGCUCUGGCUUACUUCAGAUUUGAAGACCUCCCUGAAUAUUUGAGUGACUUGCACCUGGAGUACUUUGAAGAAGCCGUGGACUUUAUGCUGCAGCAUCCAAAGGUGAAAGGCCCUAGUGUUGGGCUUCUUGGUUUCUCCAAGGGAGGUGACCUGUGCCUCUCAAUGGCGUCUCUCCUGAAGAACAUCACAGCCACUGUACUUAUCAAUGCCUGUGUGGCCAACACAAUAGUUCCUCUGUAUUACAAGGAUAUGGUUGUUCCUGAUCUUGGCAGUGACCCAACAAAACAAAAAACCACUGAGUCAGGCCUUCUGGAUUUGGUAGAUAUUUGGAACAAUCCACUGGAGAAACCCAAUCACCAAAGUGUUAUUCCAUUGGAAAAGGCCCAGGGACCCUUCCUGUUUAUUGUGGGCAUGGAUGAUCAUAACUGGAAGAGUGGUUACUAUGCUCAUAUAGCCUGUGAACGUCUACAGGCCCAUGGAAAAGACAGAGCCCAGGUAAUAUACUAUCCAGAAACUGGUCACUGUAUUGAUCCACCUUACUUUCCUCCUUCUAGAGCCUCUGUGCAUGCAUUGUUGGGUGAAGCAGUAUUCUAUGGAGGUGAACCAAGGGCACACUCAAGGGCACAGGUGGAUGCCUGGCAGCAAAUUCAAGCUUUCUUCCAAAAAUAUCUUAAUGAUGAAGAACCUGUCAAGCACAGCAAACUAUAACAUUUCAAUUACAGACCAAAUACUAUUCAUAAAAUUCUAAUCAUGCAAAUUCUGUUUGAAUUCCCAAAUACUAAGAAAGCUUUCUUUUCGGGAGGGGUCUCAAUGUAGCCCAGACUGGACUCAAGUGUACUAUAUAGCCAAAGAUGACCUUAGGGUUCUGAUCUUCUUGAUUCUGUCUCUUUCAUGUUGGGAUUAGAGGCAUGCACCACUAUGCCUAGUAUUACGUAUUUCCAGGGAUCCAACCCAGGGCUUUGUGUAUGAUAAGCAAGCAUUUGACUUAUGGCACUAUAGCCCCAUUCCCCUAGGAAGUUUUCUGUAGGAAGCUCAGCCUCUUUGUCAGGUCCUGCUGGACUCUGAGCCUCCUAAAACAACAUUGCUGGGUCUACUCUUUCCUCUGAACUUUAAUGGAUACUGUUAAGGUUCAGAUAGCCCUGCCCCCUCACCAACGGGUCUCAAGGACUUCUCAAGCUCCUGAAAAAAGGGAACCAAGUUGAUAAGCACAUUGGUCUUUGAAG